AUGUCCUCCAAGGUGUGUGACCCCGAGGCUUUCCUCUUCGGUAUGAUGGGAGCUGCCUUAUCCCUUGCUUUGGCGAACGUUGGUGCCGCCUUCGGCACGGCCAAGGCCGGUGUUGCGGUGGCGCAGCUAGGAAUUGUGCAGCCCUCACGCGUGAUGCGUGGUAUCGUGCCGGUCGUGAUGGCCGGUAUUCUUGGUAUCUACGGUCUCAUCGUCUCCGUGAUUAUCUGCAACAACAUGAAGCUGAGCGGAUACCCGCUCUUCUCCGGGUACAUGCACCUUGGGGCUGGACUAGCAGCCGGCUGCGCCUCCCUCGCGGCCGGAUAUGCGAUUGGCAUUGUAGGCGACAUUUGCUGCUACGCCUAUGCGAAGACGGAGAGAAUCUUUGUCCCAAUGAUUCUGAUGCUCAUUUUUGCAGAGGCGCUGGGCCUUUUCGGGCUUAUCACUGCACUGCUCAUGAGCAACAAGGCGACCUCUGCCAUGGGCUCAUGCACCGGUAGCUAA